AUGCAGCAAGAAUACGGUCAGCGAAUAAAUCCUGAUCAGUCAGAGAUUGUAACCGAACAACCAGAUUACAACUCUUUGAACUCUGUCAACAUUGGGGCAGUUGACGGUGGAUGGAGCGACUUCACUGACUGGUCGGUAUGUAGCAGAUCCUGCGGAGGCGGUACUCAAACUAGAGUCCGUACCUGCACCAACCCUCCUCCACAAAAUGGCGGUAGCAUGUGUGAAGGCCCGGCUUCAGAACAUCAACCAUGCAACAUGGGUGCUUGUCCAGGAAUGAUACUUAACCUUUACUUACCAGUCGAUGGUGAGUGGAGUGAAUUCAGUGACUGGACAGCAUGUAGUAAAUCAUGUGGAGGUGGUAUUCAAAAGAGGAUGAGGACCUGCAGUAACCCCUACCCCUCAAACGGUGGUAAAGACUGUAUUGGACUAACUGAGGAGAGCAGAACAUGUAACUCCAACGAUUGCCCUGUUGACGGCGGCUGGAGCGACUUCACCGAUUGGUCUUCCUGUACUAAGACUUGCGGAGGUGGCAUACAAACUAGAAGUAGAUCUUGCACCAGCCCGGCUCCUGAGAAUGGAGGGCAGGACUGCUCUGGCGUUGCACAAGAAUCCCGCCACUGUAACGAAGAAGAAUGCGCAGUCGAUGGCGGCUGGAGCGACUUUACCGAGUGGUCUUCCUGCAGUAAGACCUGCGGAGGUGGCAUACAAUCAAGAACAAGAUCUUGUACCCAACCUGAACCUCAAAACGGUGGACAAGACUGCUCYGGCCCUUCGAAAGACACUCGCAGCUGUAACGAUCAAGUUUGUGCGGUUGAUGGUGGCUGGAGCGACUUCACUGAUUGGUCAUCUUGCAGUAAGACUUGCGGGGGUGGUAUACAAUCAAGAAGUAGAUCUUGCACCAACCCUGCUCCCGAGAACGGUGGACAGGACUGCUUUGGSCARGCAGAGGAAUCCCGCGAUUGUGGYCAGGAAGAAUGCCCUGUUGACGGCGGCUGGAGCGACUUCACUGAAUGGUCAUCUUGCAGUAAGUCUUGUGGACGUGGUUUACAAUCUAGAAAAAGAUCUUGCACCAACCCUCCUCCAAAGAACGGUGGACAGGACUGUUCUGGCCUUGCAGAAGAAUCUCGMAGUUGCAACAUGCACAGCUGCCAAGAUAACGUUAACAGAGUCCUUGGCGAGGAGUGGAGCCCUAGAGUUGCCGACCGAUUCGGUCUCCACAGAGUUACAGUUGACAACAAAGAGAGCUUAGUUGGUUUAUAUAAGACAUACGAUAGUGACUCCAAACCAUCGGAAUAUGCACUUAUCAAAGAGACCACCACGAUGCCAACUCAUAUCAACUCGAUGCCACCCGAGGCCAAUAUGAGGCUUCGUCGUAAGAAACGUAGUGACCGUUAUACUUAUUCCAGCGGAGAUGGCAAGAGACGWCACGAGGCACAAAACUCGGACGAUCAGUGCACACCACCUCCAUUUUGGCAUUCCAUCUCUUUCUACUUUGCUAUUACUGGAUGGGCAUUCCUGGCCCUAGUUGCUGGACUGUAUUUAAGCUUCAAGUGCGAAUGCGGGAAGAAAUACAGAGAGUUUAGGGAAUGGCAGCGAACGCGACGUCGCCGAUCAGAAGAUGUUGAGGCYGGAGGUGACGGUCCACCGACCUCUACAGCUACAAAAACCAGACGCCUAUCGGGGUUCAAUAAGGACAAGAUCGAGGUUAUUGAUGAAGUUAGCGAAGGUGRAAAUUCUGAUCAACUUAAACCAAAUAGAUACGAGGGAAUGUCACGACAAGAUAAACAACACGAUAGACAUGUUGCUGAAAGACGAAAGAUCAUCAAAAAGGUCACCUUUGAUCCAGACAAGAACGAUCUGAACAGUGGAAUACAGUACGCCAAAUCUGUCAUUAUUGGGGCUAGUGACAGAGAGAAGGACGAYCGUAAAUCUGCUGAAAAGAGAUCGAUCAUCAAAGGUCAUGAUGCCAUGUAUCGUCGACAAUCUCUGGACGAUCAGCUGCAGUACGCAAGGUCUAUCAUAAUGGAAUCGGACUACGAUCGCCAUCAAARCAGGAAACGCAACGAGAACCGUAAAUUAAUUCAUCGUCGGUCGAUUGGCCAUACAGGAGGACUUUCACCCGAUCUCCUGCARUACGCUGCACGUGUUCUUGUACAAAACGAAAAUGAGAAAAGACAUGACCAUCAGGCCGCUGAGAAGAGAAAGGUUAUCAAGGAAGCGGCACUCAACGAGAGAAGGGAUUCACUCUUAGACCAACUUAAAUUUGCUAAAUCCGUCAUAAUUCCUGAUGACCACACGAGAGAUCUGAACAAGGAUGCACACGAUCGUCGUCAUCUCAUCAAAUCUACCCAUGAUUCAACACGACGUCGAAUGUCACUUAAAGAUGACCUCCUUAUCGCUCAAGCCAUCAUCGCACCUGAAAUGGUCGAUGAAGAUAACGUCCAGGCAAGAGCCGAGGCCAAGAUCACCGUGUACCCAUCUCCUGACUGCUGGGUGUAAUCUGCUACGUUAAUUCUGCCUAAUCUGUAUCAAUCUGGAAAUGCCAAAAUACUUUACUAUAUUCAAGAACUUAAUUCAUCCUUAUUUCACCAAAAACGCAGCAAAAUCAAGGAAAAUAUGAACCAAAAAACUUAUCUUACUGUAAAGAAAUCUGGAACGCCUGACACUUGCAACUCUCCUUGUYGGACGCUACUUGUGCAUUAGUGUACAUUGCUCAACAAGACUUAAACUUGGUUCAUCACUUAAAGAGCAACUUCCUUUUUCUGUUUUUAUUAGUUCAGUGAAAACAUCUUACACAAAGAUAUUUAUCAAAUAUAUUGCUACACACUUUAGCUAACUAACCAACACUACAAACUCCUUAGUAACAUCUAGAUCCCAUUAUAUAAUUGGGGCCCGUGGGAUUUCUAGGAGUUUGUAGAAAGUCUAACAUCUUGAGGUUAUGAAACAUUUUUGUAGMAUUAAUCGUAACAGUAUUUGAUUUUGAAAAAAGAAUUGUAGUAUCUUUCACUUUUGAUAGAUAUGCUUUUGUCAUUUUUAUGUACUAUAGCAACAUAAAUUUGAGAGAUAUUUGUAACAUCUCUUUUAUUGAUUUUUUCAAAUCGUUUGUGUAACUGCGACCAAUAAAAAUAGCAAAUGUAAAUGUA